UUCUCCACUGUCAUUUCUCUUUACAGGCACCUCCUUUUCUUAGGUCUUCGUCCAAAUAUUUACUCCCUUACCAUCCUUGCCAAUUGCUACUGUCGUUUGAACUCUGUUGAUUUGGGGUUUUCUGUUCUCGCCAGCAUUAUUAAGCUUGGUUUUCAGCCUAAUAUUGUUACUUUUACUACUCUCAUCAAUGGCUUCAUUCACUCUAAUCAACAUAACUCCUGACAUUCAGACCUACAGCAUGUUGAUUGAUAUGUAUUGUAAAGAUGGCAAGGUUGGUGAAGCACGGGACAUUUUUGUUCACAUGACUGAGAGAGGAUUUGUUCCCGAUAUCAUCACUUACAGUGCUCUGUUAGAUGGAUAUUGUUUACGUGGUGAGAUGGAUGAGGCAGAAAAGCUUAUGGAUUUGAUGGUUGAAAAUGGUUGCAAACCUAAUGUAGUUACUUACAGCAGCUUAAUCAAUGGCUAUUGCAAGGCUAAAAAGAUUGACAAAGCUCUUGGCCUGCUCCAAGAGAUGCAUUUUAACGGAUUAGCCCCUAAUGUUAUCACGUACAGCACUCUUAUAGAUGCCUUGUGCAAAGACAAUCAACUCAAGCUUGCACACCAGUUUUUCAAGGAAAUGGAAGCUCAUGGACUAAAGCCAAAUGUAAUCACUUGGAACUCAUUGCUUGAUGGGAUGUGUAAGAAUGGACAAAUAGAUGAGGCAAUCGUAACAAUGAAGCAAAUGGAGAGCACUGGAAUGGUCCCUGAUAUUAUUACAUACAGUAUCCUAAUGGAUGGUUUUUGUGAAGCUAAUCGCCUUAGAGAAGGGGUGGAUAUUUUCACUUCUCUGCCCGCAAAGUGCUUACAGCCCAAUGUAUUCAGUUAUAAUAUUAUUGUAAAAGGAUAUUGUAAAGAGGGUUUGCUUGAUGAAGCUACUAAACUUGUACAGGAAAUGGAAGACAACGGGUGUUCACCUAAUGAGUGUACCUACAACACUAUAAUUAAAGGAUAUCUUUAUGGCAAGGAUGUCAGGAAGGCAUUGGAACUAGUCAGUACCAUGAGAAUUAAAGGGUUUGCUGCGGAUGCUCACACGGCUUCUCUAUUUCUUAGCUUCAUAACUGAUCAUGCUGUUAGCGACUCAGACAAGGCUUUGCUUCGAAAGUAUUUUGAGAUAUGAAUUGUAAGGUAUUUGGCUUUUGAUAAUUUUAAAUUAUGGUUUAUGUUUAGAUCUGCUUCUCUGGUUAUCUAUAGUUUUAUAUGAUAUGACGAUGUUACUACAUUACUUGUGCUGAGGUUGAAAUUUGACUUAUGGUUAUGGUUAUCUAUAAUAUUAGUGGAGUAUUGCAGUUGGAGGCUUACUAAUAUCAUGUAUCAAUUUUUUUUUUUUUUCAAGUAAUCGUUGCAUCAAGCUUUUAAUACUUUUUGAAGUCACAUUUGGCAUGUCUCUUCUAGUCACAUUUCCCUU